AUGAAAACAAAGAAAAGAACUUAUUUAACAUCAUUCAAUUCCUAUUGGAAUAAGAAACAAAAUUUUCAUUAUAUAUCAUAUUUUCGUGCUUGGUUUAAAUAUAAAUCCGAUAAUAUAUUUGCAGCAGGUCCUGUUGUUAUUAUUCCUAUUCUUGCAUUAAUAUCUAUUUGUUUAAUACUUAUUUUUUCAUCAUUAUAUCUAUGGAAUGGAGAAGCUAGUACAUAUUCACAAUCAUUAUGGGAAACUUUCAUGCGUACACUUGAUCCCGGUUCAGCAUCUGAAGAUACUGGUGGUAUUCAUCGAUUAAUUUCAGCAACAGUAACUAUGUGUGGAAUAUUUAUUAUAUCAACAUUAAUCGGUGCAUUAACAACAGGUAUGGAAGGAAAACUAGCUGAUUUACGUAAAGGACGUACACAGGUUAUUGAAACAAAUCAUACAAUUAUACUUGGUUGGUCAUCAAAAAUCUUUGAUAUAAUUAAUGAAUUAAUUAUUGCCAACGAAAAUCAACAUAACCCAUCAAUUGUUAUUUUAGCAUCGAAAGAUCGUAUUGAAAUGCAAGAAAUAAUAUCGCAAAAAAUUGAUGAAAAUAAAAAUACAAAAAUAAUUUGUCGUAAUGGUGAUCCAAUGUCUAUACAUGAUUUAAAUAUCUUAUCACCAAAUAAUGCUCGAUCAAUAAUUAUUUUAGCACCAUUCAAUGAGAAUCCUGAUGUUAGUGUUAUAAAAACAAUUUUAGCUAUAACAAAUAAUCCACAACGAACAAAACAAAAAUUUCAUAUUGUUGCUGAAAUAAAAGAACGAAACAAUAUUGAAGUUGCACGUAUUGCUGGAACAGAUGAAGUUAUAUUUGUACAUGCUGAUGAGAUCAUUGCACGUAUAAUAGCACAAAGUGGUCGUCAGUCAGGUUUAUCAAUUAUAUUAUCAAUGUUACUUUCAUUUAAAUAUGAUGAAAUUUAUUUUAAAUAUGAACCAUUAUUAAUCGGUAAAACAUUUCAUGAUGCUCUAUUUCUUUAUCAUACAAGUACAGUUAUUGGUUUAAUGUUUGCUGAUGAAACAAUUAAAAUUUGUCCAUCACCUGAUACAAUUAUUCAUGAAAAUGAUCAAAUUAUUGUUAUAGCUGAAGAUGAUGAUGCAAUUAUAUUAUCAUCAAAUAUUUCAUCAAAUUAUUUAUCAAUAUCUGCAUUAUUCGAAACAGAUAUAUCAUUAAUAAAUUCAAAUUCUAUAAAACAAACAAAUAUUGAAAAAAAUAUUAUUCUCGGAUGGAAUUCAAAAGCAUCAUUAAUUGCAAAACAAUUAGAUAAUUAUGUAUCCGAAGGAAGUGAAUUACAUAUUUUAACAAAUAUUGAUAAAGCAACAAAAAUCAUAACAGAACAAUUAGUGAAUGAAUUAAAAAAACAAAAAUUAUAUUUACAUUCUGGUGAUAUAACAAGUAGAAUUGAUUUAGAAAAACUUAAUUUAUAUAAUUAUCAUGAUGUUAUUCUUCUUGCAAAUAAUGAACAAAAUCAAUUCGAAAAUUCAUCAUCUGAAACAGCUGAUGCUGAAUGUCUUAUUUGUUUAUUACAUUUACGUAAUAUCAUUGAUAAAAAUCCUCGUCAAAAAACAUUUAGUAUUGUUACAGAAAUGUUUGAUAUAAGAAAUCGUGAAUUAGCAGAAAUAACACGUGCUGAUGAUUUUAUUGUUAGUCCAAAUAUACUCUCCAAAUAUAUUGCGCAAAUCAGUGAAAAUAAAUAUUUAACUAAAGUAUUUGAUAUUUUAUUAACAGCUGAAGGCGUAGAAAUUUACUUAAGACCAGUUACAUUAUUUACAAAAUUAGGUAUACCGAUAUUAUUUAGUCGAAUUAUAGAAAUAUCAAUUAAACAACAAACAUUAGCAAUUGGUUAUAGACAAAUGAAAUAUGCUCAAGAUCCAAAUAAAUUUUAUGGAAUUGUUUUAAAUCCUGAUAAAGAUCUAUCAAUUAUUUUUCGACACGAUGAUAAGAUUAUUGUACUUGCUGAAGAAUAA